AUUGGUCUUCUCCUCAUCCGCCGCGAGCUCACGAUUGCGCUUUACAUUCAGUCGCAUCCUGAAUCGCCCCUAUCACCACGUGAACAUCUCAUUGUCAGAGUCAGCGCUGGAAGAUGGGAAUCAAGACCGACAUCACCCUCUAUACCGAGGGCACUCCCAACGGCCUCAAACCCACCAUUCUACUAGCUGAGCUGGGCUUGGAGUACAAGCUUCACCCAAUCAACAUCCCCAAGCACGAACAAAAAGAGCCAUGGUUUCUCGAGAUCAAUCCCAAUGGUCGGAUUCCUGCCUUAGUCGAUGAAGACGAAAACGGCAACAAGGUUACGCUGUUCGAGAGCGGCAGCAUGCUGCUGUAUCUUGUGGCCCGGUACGACAAGGACCACAAGGUGUCAUAUCCCUAUGACUCUCCCGAGUACUGGGAGACCGUUAAUUGGCUGAUGUGGCAGAUGGGAGGGGUGGGCCCGAUGCAAGGGCAAGCCAACCAUUUUGCGAGAAUGGCCCCCGAGAAGCAUGAGUACGCCAUCAGCCGCUACGUGAACGAAACCCGCCGCUUGUACCGCGUCCUGGACGGCCAUCUGGCCAAAAGUAAAUCCGGCUACGUGGUUGGUGACCGGGUCACGGUGGCGGAUAUCGCCUUGUGGAAUUGGGUGGCUGCUUACAAAUAUAGUGGCCUCUCCAGCAUUGACGAGUUUCCGCAUGUGCAGAAAUGGCUUUUCGAAUUGUUGAAGCGGCCCGCUUUUGAGGAGGGUCGGAAUGCCCCCGGGCCGCAUAUCUAUCUGGAGCUUAAUAAGCUCUCGGAUGAGGAGUUGAAUGCGAAGGGUCGCGCUGCUGGGGCCUGGAUCCAGGAGGGCAUGAAGCGGGAUGCGGAGGAGGUCUGAUUGUGGACUUUGUUUUGUCUGAUUUGGAGUCUUGGGACUUGGGUAUCGUAUGAACUCGGAUGCAGAGUAUUUUUCUCAUCGGGAGAGGUCAUGUAUCCGUCACGCAUGCAAGAGCUGUCAUGUUAGGUAGUUGCUCUUUUGUUAUAUAUCUUUUCGUGUGGUUUGCUCCAUGUUUGGAUGGGCAGUGAUCUAUUGAGUCUUGGCCUUGUU